UUCUGUUUUUUCAAGUUCUACUUUGUCUUCAAAAGGAAAAAACAGAGCAAAAGAAUAACAGUCUUUUUGUUUCAGGUAGCAAUUUGAACAUGAAGACUACGAUUCUACUGUUUUGUCUCCUAGGAUCAACUCUGUCAUUACCAAUGCAGCUCAACCCCACUCUGGGACUUCCUCCAGCAAAGCUGGUUCCAGAUCAGGCAACACCACUAAACCAACAGCAGCCAAAUCCGGUCUUCCCUUCUUUAAGUCUAAUACCAUUGACACAGAUGCUCACACUGGGGUCAGAUCUGCAACUGCUAAAUCCUGGGGUGGCACCUGGUUCCCAGACCCUCCCACUGACCCUGGGGGGACUGAACAUGAAACAGCAACUACAACCACAGAUAUUACCAGUUAUAGUAGCACACCUUGGAGUCCAGGGUACUAUCCUAAGCUCAGAAGAAUUGCCAGCAGCCCCACAAAUCUUCACAGGCCUUAUCUUCCAUCCCUUGUUCCCUGGAGCCAUCCAGCCCACCAGUCAGGCUAAUCCAGAUGUCCAGAACGGAAUCCUUCCUGCAGCACAAGCAGGAGUAAAUUCUGCCAACCAGGGAACGCCACGGGGCCCCCUCCCAACUCCCAGUGGCACAGAUGAUGACUUUGUAGUGACCACCCCUGCAGGCAUCCAAAGGGGCACACACACUAUGGAGGAAACCACCACACCAUCGCCAAAUGGUAAAUUCUCCAAGCCGCUCAUGUGCCCCUGGGCCAUGAAAGUCAUCUGCAAAGUGGAAGGAGAGUUCUUGCCUUGA